UUCAUCACCUCCAUCCCUGCUCCUCCAGCCGCCGAGCCAGCUCCGCGCCCUAGCUCAGCCGGCCGGGGCCGCGCAGCCUCCCCCGCCCUCCUCCUCCCUGCCGCCGCCGCCCGGCUGCGCUUGGGUGGGGGGAGUCUUCGCCUGGAUGCUGACUCGAGCUCCGGGGUUGCUCGUCCCCCCAAUGAGCGCGGGCCUCGGCCGAGGGAGAGCCCCCGCCCCGCGCCCGCGCCCGCGCCCGCCCCCGCGCCCGCGCUGCUCCGGCUGAAGUUUGCAGGAGGAUCUGCCCCGCGCGGGCGAGGACCGCCGCCGCCGCCGCCGCCGCCGCAGCCCGAGUUCGCGCGCCCGGACGUGCCUGCCCCGGCCCCUAAGAUGAAGAGGGCGAGCGCCGGAGGAAGCAAACUGCUGAUUUUGGUGCUUUGUUUGAACAUCCAGUCAGAAGUGGAAUCUUGCCCCGGGGCAUGUGUAUGCUACAGUGAGCCCAAGAUUACAAUAAGUUGUCAGCAGCAAGGACUGACAGCAAUCCCCACUGAGAUCCCUAUACAGAGCCAGCGAAUCUUCCUGCACAACAACAAGAUAACCUUAGUUAGGUCCACCAGCUUUACAUCUUGUCGCAAUAUGACCAUACUUUGGAUCCAUUCCAAUAACAUCAGCCUCAUUGAGCCAGCAGCAUUUUAUGGACUUGACAAACUGGAGGAAUUAGACCUCAGCGACAACAUGAAUCUGAAGUCCAUCAACCCAACCACUUUCCGGGGCCUCAUUCACCUUCACGUCUUACAUCUGGAUCGCUGUGGGCUCCUGGAACUCUCCACAGGUCUUUUCCGAGGAUUGUUCUCCUUACAGUAUCUCUAUCUUCAGGAUAAUAAUCUGCAGAAUUUGUUAGAUGAUACCUUCAUGGAUCUUGCAAACCUAACCUAUCUGUUUUUGCAUGGUAAUAAAAUUAAGAGCUUGUCAGAGAAUGUUUUUCGUGGGCUGAUCAACCUGGAUCGGCUCCUGCUGCACCAGAAUAGAGUCAGUCUGGUUCAUCACAGGUCUUUUCAUGACCUUGGGAAAGUGAUGACCUUGUUUCUAUUUAAGAACAACUUGACAGUGCUCACUGGAGAAACAAUGGCUCCCUUGGUGUCCCUUCAAUACCUACGUUUAAAUGAUAACCAGUGGAUCUGUGACUGCCAGGCUAGGUCACUUUGGAAUUGGUUCAAACAAUUUAAAGGAUCUUCAACAGAGCUGGAAUGCUAUCUGCCCCCUCACUUGGCAGGGAGAGACCUCAAAAGACUUCAGAGCAGUGAUUUGGAGGGAUGUGUUGACUCUUUCAAUCAAAUAAGAACAAGUGUUUUUAGCACUAAAACCAGAUCUGGCAAACUGCCAACCACUGACCCCCCCCUAAAUUCUCAUGACAGCUCUCGGAAGUGCUGCCAGCCAGAAACAGAUAAAUCUUUUAUUUACGAAGCCAAAGGCAAAGCAGGUCCUUCUUCACACAGUAGCCGACCAUCCCCCAUCAACCCUCUCAAGGAUAAGGAGAACAUGUCCAAAACCAAGUACAUUGAAACAGACCCUACCAAAAAUGGCAGCAACAAGCAGAUAAAUGACUCCCCUUUUGGGACCUUUCCCAGCAUUGUAGACCCUCCAUUGACCAAGUUGAAACCAGAGUUCCUAGAACCCAUUGAACCUUCCACAGUCCCUACCAAAAAGAGGCAGGGAUGCUCUAGAAAGAACAAGUCUAAGGCCCAGUGCCGCCUCACCCAGCAAGGAAACAGCUCCACAGUACAGCUGAGUCUAAGUCUUUUGAUUCCCCCCUUGGUGUGGAGCUUACUCUUGUUCUGCUGAAACCAACUCUUUCCUUUGGUUGAUGACACUUUAAUACCAGACUUGCUGACCUCCAUAAAUGUUGCAAAUGAGAAGUAAACUAUCAUACACCCUGAGAGAGCUUUCUUACACAAAAGUUAACUGGAUGCCUUUAUUAAAAAAAAAAAAGACAAAAAAACCUAAGGUGUACAUAAACUUGUCCUAAAACCUGUGACUUAUACCUUUGGUCCUUGGAACUGCACUUACUAUAAAGCAGCUUUUGCUACAACAGAGGGUAAAGAAAUAUGAUUUACAUACAAAAAAGUAUAAGAAAAUCCUCCAAAUAGAAUGUUUAAAGUUUGUUUGUAACUUGACAUCAUACUGAACAAUGUUGCAAGUUCCCAUUUGCAGAGGUGAUGCAUUUGAUGCUGUUUUAAUCCUAUGUUUAUGAAUAUUGCAGUUUUACCAUAUUCAUUUCUGUCACACCUUAUUUACACGUAGCAUUUGUUAAAGAAUGCUGCCUUUUCAUUCACUAAAAUUGCAGUAUAUAUAGAUAUGUAUUUUAUUUUACUUGUGUACAAGUAUACAAAAAAUACAAAAUAAAGAUUUCUUUUUCCUAA